UUCUUACAAAUUAUGGAAAUAUUGUGGAAGACGUUGAUCUGGAUUUUGGGCCUUGCUAUGGCUUCAUCUGAAUUUCACAGGGACAGCAGGCUUACAUAUAGUUCUCAAGGGGAAUUCCUGUCUUACCUUGAACACUACCAACUGACGGUUCCAAUAAGAGUUGAUCACAACGGAGCAUUCGUCAGCUUUACUGUGAAGAAUGACAAACACUCACGAAGGAGGAAAAGGAGUAUGAACUCUAAAGACCAAGAACAGGAAGCUUCUAAAUUAUUUUUUAAAAUUUCUGCCUAUGGCAAGCACUUUCAUCUAAACCUGACUCUGAACACAGAUUUAGUCUCCAAACACUUUACAGUAGAAUACUGGGGAAAGGAUGGGCCUGAAUGGAGACACGAUAACAUCGAGAACUGUCACUACAUAGGAUACUUACAGGACCAAAACACAACAACUAAAGUGGCUCUGAGUAACUGCAAUGGUUUGCAUGGUGUAAUCGCUACUGAAGAUGAAGAGUAUUUUAUUGAGCCUUUAGACAACGUAACAGAAACCUCCAAUCACUUUAGCUAUGAGCGAGGUCACCCUCAUGUUAUUUAUAGAAAAUCUGCCAUCCGUCACCAGCAUUCAAGCAACCAGGCGCAUUGUGGUGUGAAAGAUGUCACUGGAAACAGCAAGCCCUGGUGGUUGAACCACACAUCCUUUAACCCAACUCCUCCUUCAGAUAAUGAUACAGAGAAUGGUCCCCGACGGCAGAGAAGAUCAAUCAGCAUUGAGCGAUUUGUGGAGACCUUGGUUGUAGCCGAUAAAAUGAUGGUGGGAUACCAUGGGCGUCGAGACAUUGAACACUACAUACUGAGUGUAAUGAAUAUUGUUGCCAAACUUUACCGUGAUUCCAGCCUAGGAAACGUUGUGAAUAUCAUAGUGACUCGAUUAAUUGUGCUCACGGAAGAUCAGCCAAACUUGGAGAUAAACCACCACGCUGACAAGUCCCUCGACAGCUUCUGUAAGUGGCAGAAAUCCAUUCUUUCCCACCAGAGUGACGGGAACACCAUUCCAGAAAAUGGCAUCGCUCACCAUGACAACGCCGUACUCUUUACCAGGUAUGACAUUUGUACAUACAAAAACAAGCCAUGUGGAACUCUGGGAUUGGCCUCUGUAGCUGGAAUGUGUGAGCCAGAGAGAAGCUGUAGUAUUAAUGAAGAUAUUGGCUUGGGCUCGGCAUUUACCAUUGCACACGAGAUUGGUCACAAUUUUGGCAUGAACCAUGAUGGAAUUGGAAACACUUGUGGAACCAAAGGUCACGAAGUAGCAAAGUUAAUGGCAGCUCACAUUACAUCCAACACUAACCCUUUCUCAUGGUCAGCCUGUAGCCGGGAAUAUAUCACUAGCUUUCUGGAUUCAGGACGUGGAACAUGCCUAGAUAAUGAACCUCCAAAACGUGACUUUCUUUAUCCCGCGGUGGCUCCAGGUCAGGUGUAUGAUGCCGAUGAACAGUGCCGUUUUCAGUAUGGAGCAACAUCACGCCAAUGUAAAUAUGGGGAAGUGUGUAGAGAGCUCUGGUGCCUCAGUAAAAGUAGCCGAUGCGUUACCAACAGCAUUCCUGCGGCUGAGGGAACCCUGUGUCAAACUGGAAGCAUUGAAAAAGGGUGGUGCUACCAGGGAGAAUGUGUAGCAUUUGGGACUUGGCCAAAGAGCAUUGAUGGAGACUGGGGACCAUGGUCCGUUUGGGGUGAAUGCACAAGGACCUGCGGUGGUGGAGUUUCUUCCUCUAUAAGACACUGUGACAGUCCAGCACCUUCAGGCGGAGGAAAAUACUGCCUCGGAGAAAGGAAGAGGUAUCGUUCAUGCAACACUGACCCUUGUCCUUCGGGAUCCAGAGACUUCAGAGAAAAGCAGUGUGCAGACUUUGAUAACAUGCCUUUUCGUGGGAAAUACUACAACUGGAAACCCUACACUGGAGGCGGUGUUAAAUCGUGUGCUUUAAACUGUUUGGCUGAAGGCUAUAAUUUCUACACCGAACGAGCCCCCGCUGUUAUUGAUGGAACUCGAUGUAAUGCUGACUCCCUCGAUAUCUGCAUUAACGGAGAAUGCAAGCAUGUUGGUUGUGACAACAUUUUGGGCUCUGAUGCUAAAGAAGAUCGGUGCCGUGUUUGUGGGGGAGAUGGCAGCACUUGUGAAUCCAUUGAAGGAUUCUUCAAUGAUUCCUUGCCCAGAGGGGGCUACAUGGAAGUCGUUCAGAUUCCACGAGGCUCAGUUCACAUUGAAAUUAAAGAAGUUGCUCUGUCUAAGAACUACAUAGCUUUAAAAUCUGAAGGAGAUGACUACUUUAUAAAUGGUGCUUGGACAAUAGACUGGCCUAGGAAAUUUGACGUAGUUGGUACCGCCUUCCAUUACAAGCGCCCAACUGAUGAGCCGGAGUCACUGGAAGCAUUGGGACCAACAUCGGAAAGUCUGAUAGUGAUGAUUCUUCUUCAGGAACAAAAUUUGGGUAUACGAUAUAAAUUUAAUGUUCCAAUCACACGCACGGGUAGCGGAGACAAUGAGGUGGGAUUUUCGUGGUAUCACCUACCGUGGUCUGAGUGUUCUGCAACCUGUGCUGGAGGUAUACAGAAGCAAGAAGUAGUUUGUAAAAGACUUGAUGACAACUCAGUUGUGCAAAAUAACUACUGUGAUCUGGAUAGCAAGCCACCCGAAAACCAGAGGGCUUGUAACACAGAACUUUGCCCUGCAGAAUGGUUUAUAGGUGACUGGACGGAAUGCAGUAAGACUUGUGAUGGGGGAAUGCGCACAAGGACAGUCCUUUGUAUUCGCAAAAUAGGACCAUCUGAAGAGGAGACCCUUGAUGACAUUACCUGUUUGACACAUCGUCCUAUUGAAAAGGAAGCUUGUAACAACCAGUCUUGUCCACCUCAAUGGAUUGCUUUGGAUUGGUCAGAAUGUACACCAAAAUGUGGCCCUGGGUUUAAGCAUCGUAUUGUUCUGUGCAAGAGCAGUGACCUUUCAAAAACGUUUCCUCCAACAAACUGUGCCGAAGAGAACAAGCCACCAGUCCGGAUGCGUUGCAGUUUAGGGCGCUGUCCUCCUCCUCGCUGGGUUACUGGAGAAUGGGGCCAGUGCUCUGCUCACUGUGGUCUGGGACAGCAGAUGCGAACUGUGCAGUGUCUUUCCUUUACGGGGCAAGCUUCAAGUGACUGUCCAGAAAAUGUUCGCCCCGCAUCAAUGCAGCAGUGUGAAAGCAAAUGUGACAGCACUCCCAUUUCAAACACAGAGGAGUGCAAAGAUGUGAACAAAGUGGCUUAUUGCCCGCUGGUGCUGAAGUUCAAGUUCUGCAGCCGAGCAUACUUCAGACAGAUGUGUUGUAAAACGUGCCAAGGACAUUGACCCACAGCAAGAGAGAGAGAGAGAGAGAAACACAGAAUGCUAUAAUUCCAUUGUGGAAAUUUGUCUGUUAAGAAGAAUGACACUAAGGAAUGAAAUGGAUGUCCUUCGAAAAAGAAAAAAAAAAGCCUGUGUAAAAGAUAACCACUCGUCAGCUCCAACUGACAGGAUUUCAUUAUUAUUUAACUUCUGUGAAGUGAAUUUAUUAUCCAAAGUGCUGGACACCAGAAAAGGAAGGGAAAACGCAUAUUGGAAAAUGUUGAAACAGGCCCUACAGAGCAGAGGACUAUGGGGUACGCUUGUGUUCUUCAGAGUCCAACACUUAGACCUUGCUUACCUCCUUCAACCAUUUUUAGUAUGGAUUUAAUAAAUGACACUGAAAUAUAUUUAAAACUGUUUUUCAAAUGUAGAGGUUGUGACUUGGACUACAAAACAAAGGAAAUUCUUAAGUCAUAGCUAAAACAUAUAAUUACUUUUAUCUCAAUUUACA